AUGAACCCUUGGCCAUCCGAUUCCUCCUUGACUCCAAACAAUCAUGUUGGUUUUGGAGUUCCCAUGGAUGCCGGCAUGUCUUUCCUGCAACCACCCCAGACCAUAAACCCGGCGCAGUUUCAAAACCCUGCUUUCCUCAAUGGCGCCGGCCGCACCGCUUCACCCGCCUUCCACAAUCCUGUAUAUCAGACGAACCCCGUCAUACCUUCAAAAAGAGCAAGGGAAGAUAGUCUAGCGACAUCCCCUCGACAAGCGCCUGGGGGAAUACCUGGCUCUAGAUCCCAAACUCCCGGCCAAGUUCCGUUUCCAGGUUACAAUCCACAAGCCAAUGGCGCGCCUCCAAUGUCGAAUGCUCCCACCCCUUUCCAACAUCUGCAAGCGACCUCAAACGCGACUCCAUCACCUACAAUCUCUCAAUUGAAUCAAUUCAACCAAAAUUCUGGAAGUCAACGCGUUGCGACCGCUUCCCCAAGUCCAUUUUCCCCACAGCAUGCGCCUCCUCAUGCAUCACCUGCGCCUGACCACGGCAAUCGAGUGGGCACACCACACGACAAUCCCCAGAAUUUCAUGCCAAAUGGCGCGUUUCCGCCCGGUUUCAGUCAGCCACAGUUCGGGCAGAGCAUGAACAAUGGGAUGCCCCCGCAGAUGGGGAUGAGCCCUCAGCCGAACAUGGUGCAUCAACAACAAGGCAUGAAUAAUGCCCAAAGAAACUAUCAAAUGCAACUGCAAGCUCAGGCACGUCAGAUGCAGAUCCAGGCCCAGGCCCAGGCACGGAUGAACGGUACUAUGGGAGGUAGUGGCCCUCCUCCCGGUCCCCACCCUCAAAUGCCUGCAGGACCUCCAUCAACCUUUCAGCCUCCACGACCGAGCAACCCAGAAGAGUUUCUUCGUGGUCUACAAACUUUUAUGGCCGCUCGAGGCCGCACCGUAGAACUCAACCCUACUAUCUGUGGUCGACAGGUGCAAUUACUUCGCCUCUAUGCUGCAGUUGUCAAGAGUGGUGGAUCCCAGAGAUUAACGAAGAUGAAUCAAUGGGCUGUUCUUGCUCAACAGUUUGGUUUUCAAGGUCAGCAGCAGAUCCAAGCUGGGCAAGAGCUGCAGGCAUAUUGGCUGAACAACCUUGCACCUUACGAAGCCGCUUGGCAUCACAACCAACAAAAGCAGAGAAUGGCUGCUCAAGCGGCGAUUCAGACUCAAGGUCAAUCUCAAAUGUCACCCACGAGAGACGUUCAUCCACCGCAAGAUCCGUCUCACCAGAAAACACCCUCCUUAAAUGGCCAGUCGGUGCCGCCUAUGCAACAGGCAAAUGCACAUAACUUUGCUCCAUCUGUCGCCAAUCACACACAGCAAGAACCUCCAGUCACCCCACAACAUCGACAGAGUAUCUCCAGGCAAUUCGAUCCACAACAGAUCAGUGCCUUACAGGCACAAGCACAUGCACAAGGUCAGACGCCUCAGAAACGUCCUCAAACUGCCAGUACUAAACCGCUUGAACCCGAGAUUGACCUGAAUAAACCUCUGUCCAGACCUAUCGAAGAGCCAUUCAGGCCUGACGUUCUACCGACAAGUAGGUUUCACGGACCCAUCAAUGUUGAGGAGGUUUUCAUCCUCAGCCAACACAUUACUGAGCUCAAACCUGUUGCUCCUUCUGCGAGAGAACUUGGCAUCAUUGAUGUACAUGCUCUAACUAUGGCGAUCAAGUCUGGUUUGCAUGCUGAUACACGAGUAGCGUUGGACACUCUGAUCACAAUUUCGACAGAGUCAUCAUUCCAAUUGGCGCUGGCAGAAUGCGAUGAUCUCAUGGACGCUCUGAUCGAUUGUGCACAAGACCAAGUCAGCUACCUUAGUGAACACACCCAGAGUAUAUCCGAUGAAAUCUCGCUUUUGUCCUAUGAAGAUCUCAUUCGACAGUGUCGUCUUGACACGGAGCAACUACAGGACCCACCGCAAUUUGGAACAGUGCUAUAUGAUCUUGAACGGGCAGCCGAUCGGCUCAUAUGCAUUACCACUCUGAUCCGAAAUUUCUCCUUUUAUGAACCUAAUUUUGGAGUGCUUGGCCAGCCAGAGAUUCUGAAGCUCCUGAGUACUGUAAUCCGCCAAAUGGGUACCACAGAGUCAUUUCUACGCAAUAAUCGAAAUGCUCUAGAUUUUGUCAAAGACGUUGUCAUUUAUCUCAGCAAUCUCUCAACAUCCCUAGAACUACCUGGACGAGAGGAGGCAUUGUGUAUCCUCCAUUUCCUUCUUAUUUUUGCACCAACCCCUGCGCCGACAUCAAGUGCAACCUCAAAGGUAUCUUUCACAAUCUACACUCCAUCCUUGCAUAAAUAUAUGCCUUCGGCCGUUGACAGCCUCGCCAAACUGCUCGCACAUGACGAGCCGAACCGAACUUACUUUAAAGCCAUCUUUGCUGCCGAUUGUCAAUCUUCACCACCAUACGAACUCCUAACGAGAACUUUCGGCCUGGCUAUCUCUUCAGUUCCUGUAGGCUCACCUCACACGAGAACGAUCAUCGAGGCUCGAAAGCCAUUCCUUUUGCAGGGUAUGCUAGCUGCAGAAAUUCUUGCUGGUUUGGCUCCAGGUUCCGACCAUGGACUUGCUCGAUCAUGGUUAGAGUCUGAAGACGGAUUUGCCGGAAAUCUUCUACGUCUGGUCAGUUUGCUGAGUGCGGUGAGCGCCGCUCGAACAUCACAAGCAACUCCAAGACAUGCAUCACAGCAAAACAGUCGAAAUAUCGCUGAGCAAGAUGCCAAUGGCUAUGGUGCGAUGUCCAACCGAGCAAUGGCAGUUUUGAAGACCCUUGUACAGAAGUCGAGAACGAUUGGCGAGAAUGGUUCCACUGUUGUUCCUCUUGGUGUCAUGCCCAAGAAGGAAAGCUUGCUCGGAGCUAUGAUUCAAGAAGACAUUGAUCCUGGCAUUUUACGCCAGCUCUGUGUUUACGCCGGACUGGAAGAGUGA